CACGGAGGCGUGAUCACUCUGAUAGAUGAACUUUGAAAAAUUCAGUGUUCAGUAUGAAAAUAGACCCGCCUUCAUCUGAAAAUAACUGCGGGAAGCUGAAACAGGAAACCUGUGCGCUUCAGCUUGCUGCUCCGGCUGCUCACCGAUGCAUCAUUUGACACUUGAACAGGUUCCCCAAAUCCACAUCACCGCCGCACCGAGCCUGCUGCGUCUCUUUUAUUUGGUCUAAACUGGGAGAGAGCGUUUCAACCAAAAUUAGACAGAUGACCUCUUUUUACGACGUGAAAGAUUUGGAGGAGGAACUCAGUCGAGUGAACUGCCCUGAUGAGGAUUUGGAGUUUGAGUACCUGUUUGAAUACGAGCCACCUUGCAGCGACUUUACUGGGGGAGAUCAAGAUGACCCAAACCUUGCAUCUCACAAAGUCCUCAGCCCCGAGUCUGAGCAGGCCUUCCCCCUGGAGGAGGCGUCCCCGUACGGCAUCAAGUCGUGCAGUCCCUCCUACAGCAAACACAACACUGAGGUUCUCACAGGAUAUGAGAACCAGGAGGCCAGGAACUACUUGGAUGGUUCGCGGCCUGGGGGCCCGGCCCUGAGCCCACGGAUCGAGAUCACCCCCUCUCGUGAGCACUACAACCAUGGUCGGGACUCCCUUCAGAACCACACCCUGAACAUUAGCCCCAGACCCACCCUCACUGUGCCCGGCCAUGAAGGCUCCACUUACCGGGAACCUCAGUGCCUGAGUCCCGCCAGCAGCAACUCCUCCACCAGCUGGCACUCGGAGAACUACUCCCCCUGGGCGUCUCCCUGCGUGUCCCCGAGCAGCGGCCAGAACCCCGGUGACCUCUGCCCUCGCCUACAGAACAUCCACACCAGCUCCCCCCGCACCUCCCCGGGUACCUCGCCCCGUACCAGCCUAGCCGAGGACGGCUGCCUGGGACCCCGCUCACCCUCCUCGAGGCCCGGCUCCCGCUCCACCUCCCCGCAGGGCAAACGCACCUACGACAUGUACAGGAACCCCGGGUUAAUCCCCGGGCACCGCUCCCGCAGUCCGUCCCCCCACAGCGGCCAUGAAGAGCAUAAUGUAGGUGCCCACUACGGUACCCACAACAGCCUUGUCGAUGCUAUGAACGGCUUUGGCACCGGUCAGCCGGGCCUGCUGCCCACCAAAAUAGUCAAGACGACUAACCAGGUUUACACUCUGUACCCCGAGAACCAUGGAGACGGGAACUACUUGGUGUCCUGUGAACAGGACGUGAAAACCAAACCCAGUGCUGAGCCCUUCUUUGUCAUCCCUCCCAUCUGGCCCAAGCCACUGGUUUCCAGCUUCUGCAGCAUCCCUGUGGCCUCUCUCCCCCCUUUGGAGUGGCCAAUCCCCAGUCGCACGGACCAGUAUGAACUCCACAUCGAGGUGCAGCCCAAGCCUCACCACAGAGCGCACUAUGAGACGGAGGGAAGCAGGGGUGCUGUCAAAGCCCCAACAGGAGGACAUCCCGUUGUCCAGCUACAUGGCUACAGGGGCAAGGAGUCCCUGGGCCUGCAGAUCUUCAUCGGCACAGCAGAUGAGCGCAUCCUCAAACCCCACGCCUUCUAUCAGGUGCACCGCAUCACCGGCAAGACGGUCACCACCACCAGCUUCGAGAAGAUCAUCAACGGCACCAAAGUCCUGGAAAUCCCCCUGGAGCCAAAGAACAACAUGAAAGCAAUAAUUGACUGUGCCGGGAUCCUGAAGCUCAGGAACGCAGACAUCGAGCUGAGGAAGGGAGAGACAGACAUCGGCAGGAAAAACACUCGUGUCCGUCUUGUGUUUCGUGUCCACAUACCUCAGCCGGGAGGACAGCAUGUCUCCCUGCAAGUGGCCUCGCACCCCAUCGAGUGCUCUCAGCGUUCGGCCCAUGAGCUUCCCAUGGUGGAGAAGCAGGACAUGGACAGCUGCUCAGUCCUGGGAGGCCAGCAGAUGAUCCUGACUGGGCAGAACUUCAGCUCUGAUUCCAAGGUCAUUUUCAUGGAGAAAACACAGGACGGGCAGCAGAUCUGGGAAAUGGAGGCAACAGUAGACAAAGAUAAGAGCCAGCCUAAUAUGCUGUUUGUUGAGGUCCCGUCCUACCGAGACCCGUCCGUCUGCCACUCGGUCAAAGUGAACUUCUACGUCAUCAACGGCAAGAAGAAGCGCAGCCAGCCUCAGCACUUCACAUACACACCACUGGCAGUUCCAUCCAUCAAGACUGAGCCCUUGGACGAGUACGAGGCCAGCCACAUGGGUUUCUCCAUGCCUCAGAUCUUGGGCGUAUCCCCUCAGUCUUACUAUCACAACCCCCGCACCAUCCUCCAUCCAGACAAUGGCCUCGUCCCGGGCAUGGCUCCCUGCCAACAGGGACGUCCCGGCUCCAGCGUUCCCGGCCAAGACCCCCGCUUCCAGCAGCAGAGCCCGGCCAUCGUCUACUCCCGCAGCGGCAAGAGCCUGAGCUGCAGCCCCGGCCUUUAUCAGCAGACUGGAGGGAUGAUGCCCGACCCCCACCGCUCGGUCCUGGUCCACACCGGCUCCCCGGCCCAGUCAGGAGGUCCCAUGGGCCAGCACCAUUCUAUCAUCCAGUUCUCCCCCACCAACCACCACCUGCUCCGGGGAGGAGACGCUCCGCCUCUCCCUGCCUCGCAGCCCGACAACCAACAAAUCAUCUACUGUGAUGGCUACUCCCCGCAGGCGGCCGGUGCCCACUCCCCUACGCCGGCCCCGGCCCAGGCAGUGGUGAGCCACCCCCAGCACUAUCCCACCGUGAUCCAGCAGCAGCCCUACGCGCCGAAGGGACAGCAGAAAGGCAGGGCUCCCCCCGGCACGGAGCAGAUGGACGCUCCGGGAGACGGACAGAGGAGGGUGACAGUCAAGGAGGAGAACCUGGACCAGGCCUACCUAGAUGAUGGUGAGUUGAAUGAGAUCAUAAGAAAGGAUCUGACUGGUGUCCAGGCCAGAGGGCAGACAUAGAGGAAGGACCUGAGCAGGAAGUGACAUCACGAGCCCCUCCAACCCUCUGGUGUAGUGACACACACACCGCCGCACCCAUCCCUUCUCUUCCUCAUUUUCUUCGGCCCGUAGAGAUACGGAUGUCAGCUCCCUGCCGUCACACCGCAGUUUGCUUUGGACCUUUUCCUGCAAUAAACCGUUUCAUUUGGCAAACAGGGAAGAAUUAAUUUGACCCAUAACUUCUGCUGCCAACACCCACCAGGUUUCCAGUCAAGCAACAGGAACCAGCAGGAGAACGUGCCUUAUUUUAUUACAUUUUCUUUUCAGGUUCAAGCAAAGACGCAGUUUGGUUUUGCAAAGAGAAAAAGGGGGGGGGUCAACCAAUCCCCAAAAUCGCACUAGCCAUACCGCCCAGGCAAUAAACCCACAUCCACUUUGCUCCCAGACGUACUGUACCAGUGAAUAAUCACGUCAUAAUUAUGUAGCAUGUGGUUGUUUCACAAGAAAUUUCUGAGAUUUGCUUUUCGAGAAAAUUCGGUUGUCAUUCGGUCGACUUCUUGUACCAAAAAGUCAAAUAUUGUGACAUUCCUUGUGGCCAAAAACUCUUUUCGCUUAAUUAUUCUUGCGCCAAGCGUCUAUUUUGCCUAAUACAACUUUGUAUACAGUUUUACAAGAACUAGAUUGUCUUAAGAUUACACUUUGAUCAUCUCAUUUUAGGUGCAGUUUUCUGAGUGAAGAGACGCGCACACUGCCUUGUCCGUAUAUACAAAUGGACUCUUGUGGCACCUCCUAAUAUGCACUGUUUUCUAUAAUGGGAGGUCAAUGUUGUUUCUUUUUUUUAUAUAAUAUUUGAGUCAUGUGAAUAACGUACUAUUUUAUAUUAGUAAAAUAUAUGUUGCAUUUUAUUCAGGUGACGUGCCAAAACGGCCUCCCGGGGGCCUAUGAUGCCACAGUUACAGCUCGCAGCUACGUUGUCUAAUUGAGAUCCAUACUUGGAGUUGAUUUUCAUGCAAAUAGCGCACUGAAAAUCAUUUUUUAAAAAAAUGCAUCUGAAUUGUGACACGCGCAGGCUGCAGUGAGGGACUUUGUCCUUUGUAAUGCUAGUGGUGCUCUUGUAUUGCGUGCUGGCCAUCCAAAAAUGCCUCUCACUUAGGUUAAAAAGUGGUUUUCUUGCUUUUAUAUCAAAUGUUCAUCUAUUUUAUUUGUAUUUCUCUUAAUAUCGAUUGUAAUAACGUCUGUGGCUUGUGUCACAGUCCCAGAGAGUAUAUCCAAAGCCUAUUUCUAUGUAUAUUGUCUUGUGUAUAGUUCAUUGAAUUUUGAGUCUCUCAGUAAUGACAAUCAAUAUACUCAAUACUAAGUUGUGUACCUAUGUGGAAAUAUACAUUUUCAAAUGAAAUGUAUAUUUUUUUUCAACAUUUUUUUUUUUUUUUUUUUUGUUACACCUUUAACGCACUGUAAGCACAUCAAGACAGAAUGUUUAAGGGAUACAUGGAUAUUUCAUGUACUAACAGAGCGUGCUUUGAUGAAAAUAGUCAUAGUUUCAAAACUGAAAUUAUUUUUGUAACGCUUCACUAAGUGAAUUGGAGUGCAUGAUAUGUGCCAAGUGCCAUUUAUAUGACUGUAAAGAAAAAUAAAAAAAAAGUUAAAAUUAAAGUAAAGAGUUAAAAACAUGAUAAAGGGAAUUUGUAAGGACCAAUCUCCAUAUAGAUGUUUAAUAUGGAUCUAUUUGAUAGAAUAGAGCAUUUUAUUUUGUAUUAUUAGUAAAGCUGAUUUUAAUAGAUCUGUUAAGUAAAUUUUUCCCAUUGAGCCAUUCUCUCAAUGUACAGCACACGUGUAUUUGACAUUAUUUGAAUGUAAUCUAUAUUAAAUAGUUUUUUUUCCCUCUGUAAAUAUUAGAUGGAAUGUGUAUGAUUGUCCAUGUUUUAGACUUAAAAGUAAAAGUAGCCUAAAAUAGAAAGGAUCUGUUGUAUGUAAUGCAUCUUGUAACUGUCAGUCUGUUGUGUUUAUAGAAAGUCGUAGUCAUCAAAGCGUAUGUUUUAAUCUGUUUUAUAAUAAGGUAAAGCUGUUUUCUUAAAGAGCAACAGGGGUGACACUCGAGAGUAAGCGAUCUUGAUGUGUCGCAGGCCUAUAUUAGUGUCUUUUCUCUUUUUCCCCCAGAGGGAACGAGGAUGCCUAAAAACAUAUGUAAAAGUACCCCUCGAUAGUUUAUAUUUUUGUUUAUAUUUUUAUUAUUUUGCAGCCUUUAAGAAAGUCUUUGGUAAUGAAAACAAAAAGUUAUUAAUACGUCUUAUUUUAUUGUUCUUUUUGAUAGUCUUCUAUUUGUUCUGAGUCUACUAGACUUUGUGUCUCCUUAAAUAAUUCCUGUUCCAUCCUAUUUUUGUAUCCCUGAAAGUAGCAAUAA